AUGGUUUGUAGGCCACCAAAUUCCCAUAAUACUCAUGAAGUAUUCUUGUUCCAGGUAUACCUCGUGGGUCACAUAGCUCCAGGUUCAAACGAACGCCAUAGAGGUGCCUACCCUCCCUCCCACAUAUCGUAUUCAGACCAUCACAACAAGAAAUACCUCAAGAUUGUCCGCAGGUACGCUUCCAUCAUCGUUGGACAGUUCUUUGGACAUUUGCACUCGGACACCUUCAGGGUGAUAUAUGGAGAAAACGGGCGGCCAAUUUCAUGGGCUCUUCUGGCACCAUCGAUAACACCAAAGAGAAACAACGAUGGUCCCAACAAUCCUGGGUUGAGGCUUUAUAAAUUUGACAAGGACACAGGACAGGUGUUCGAUUACACCCAGUAUUACCUGGACCUGUCCGGUGCCAUCGCCAACCCCAACAGGAACGUAGAGUGGUCGGUCGAAUACAAUUUCAGCACUUACUAUUCCAUCAACGACAUUAAUGCGGUCAAUUUGCAUACGCUGGCUGACAAAUUGACACAUCAUACACCGCAGGAGAAUUCUAUAUUUAGCAGGUACUACCGUGCCAACUCAGUGCGUUUCAACAGCGGCACAGCUGCUUUGGCACAAUGCGAUUCGCAUUGUGCCCACACCCAUUACUGCGCCAUCACAAGAGUGGACUACGACGAGUUCCACCAGUGUCUGCAGACUGCUGCCAGCGCACUCUCUGCGUCGGCAGCUACAUCAGCGGUGGCCAUGCGGACGAUAGCAAAAAUAGUGCUGGUGAUGUGGGUGAUUGUGCGAUAGGCUAUAUCAUCAGGUUUAACUUUAUGUACGGGAUCUUAUUUCUGGCAUAAAGAAUGUGAACUUGAGAGACGGUUGAGAUGAAACCUACUGCACUUAAUGCUUUACUUGAUUGAUUGAAUGUAUCUGGAAGGAGUCACUGAAUAUAAAGGUGCCAUCAAGAGUUAUACGAACUACCUUUUUGCCGCGAAAAGCUCCUUUCUCAUGUUCAUCAGUGUUUAUUAAAGUUGCCAUUCGUCAUAUAUAUAUAUACAGGUAGGUAAAUAAUGGGUAAAAUCCGCAAAAAGGAGGAAAGUGGAUUCGAGCAGAAAAUAGGAUAGGUAACCCGAGCGAUACGUAUUUCUGCUGGUUGGCUUCAUCAGGC